AUGGAUAAUAUUUAUUUUGCUGCAGGAGAGCAGCAGACACACAGCGGUACUGCAGCAACAACUGCAGCAGGACCAGCUGCUGCUGCUGCAGGAGCUGCUGCUGCUGCUGCCACUGAGGCUUCGACAGCAGCAGCACGCAACUCGGGAGAUAGUGCAGCGGGGGGAACAGAAACCGCAGCAGCACCAGCUGCUGCAGCUGGUGCUGCUACAGAUCCAGCGCAUGCAAGUGUUGGGGCUUUUCGGGGUGUACAUACACCUGGUGGCAGCAGCGGGACUCCUUUAGCUGCAUGCAAAGUUGCUUAUCAUCCUUUGCUGCCUUCCCUUAAUUCUUCAUCUAAUAAAGCAGCAACUGCUGCAGCAGCAAACCCCAGCAGCAGCAGCAGCAGCAGCAGCAGGGACAGCAGCAUCCCAACUACUACAUGCUCCCAGCAGCAGCAGCAACAGCAACAGCAGCAAGCUGGAAUUGCCCCACAAGGUGGCCCUGCUGCAUCCCCCAGCAACAAUAAGAACACCAGCAGCAGCAGCAACAGCAGCAGCAGCAGCAGCAGCAGCAGCAGCAGCAGCAGCAAUUUUGCUUCUAUAGAUUAUUCAUUAGAUUAUAAAUAUAGUAUAUUUCCUCCUUUUGCUUCUUGUCCUAAUGUUAAGAGAUGGAGACUCUGUAUAUACACCCGAGUUAUGCUGCUGCUGCCUAGUCCUUGCUUGUGGGCUGGACCAGCAGCAGCAGCAGCAGGUGCAGCAGCAGGUGCAGCAGGAGGAGGAGGCAGCAGUGUACCUCCUCCUGGAUUCAUGCCCUGUCUCUUUAUUGAUAGACAAUCUGCUGCGCUGCAGCAGCAGCUGCUGCCGCUGCGCGGAUUCUUACUAGCACACUUUCAGGCUCCUGCUGCUGCUGCACCUGCUGCUGCUGCUGCUGCAGCAGCAGCAGCAGUUGGCCCUUUGAAACGUUCGUCAGAUGGAUCACCUUCUCCAUCUUCUUAUUCGUCGUCAGCAGCAGCAGCAGCAAAUGCUGCAGCAGCAGCAACAAAUGCAGCAACAACUGCAGCAACAAGAACAGCAACAAGAGCAGCAACACGAACAUCACCAGCCCACCCCCCAUCAUCAUCACCAACAGGAGGAGGAGGAGGCCAAGCACCAUCAUCAGCAGCAGCAGCACCAACAGCAGCAGCAGCAACAGCAGCAGCAGCAGCAGCACCUGCUGCAUUUGGUGAUUUCCUGCUGCAGUUUGAUUGCGAGGCUGUCUUGGGUACUCUUGCUGCUGCUAAUAAAAGAUAUUUAGUUGUUGUUGCUGAGGCAGCAGCAGCAGCAGCAAUAUUAGAUGAAGAAACAUUUCCUCCCGAUUCAUUGCAUGCACGCAUGCAGCAGCAUCUAGAGCAGCGACAACAGCAGCAGCAGCAGCAGCAGCAGCAGCAGCAGCAGCGGCCGCCUCGUCUUGUAAGGAAAGUUAUUAAACAACCAACAAGAGUUAUUUGUAUUCCUUAUGCCCUUAAGACACCCCAACUCCCUCGUGCCUCUACUGGAUUCCCUCAGCAGCAGCAGCAGCAGCUGCAGCAGCUGCAGCAGCAGAGGCAGCAGCAGCAGCAGCUAAGUGUAUAUGGAGACACUCAGCAGCAACAGCAGCAGCAGCAGCAGCAGACAGGGAGAACCAGCGGUGUUAGUGAUAGCUCUGAUCUCCUAUGGAGUAUAGGCGCAGGAGGAUUUCUUUCUUCUUCUUCUCCCCAGCAGCAGCAGCAGCAGCAGCAGCAAGAGCAGCAACAAGUGUUGCAGCCAAUGGAUUCAAUAGAGGAGACAGAUAAAGAUUCGUCUCUUAGCAGCAGCAUAGCCAAGACAUGGGGAGGAAUGAUUGUUGCUGCUGCUGAUGCAUUAGGAGUUGGUGGUACACCUGAAGGUCUUGCUGCUUGGAUGCAGCAGCAAGCACAGAUGCUACUGCCUUCUGAUGACAGCAGCAGCAGCAGCAGCAGCAGCAGCAUUAGCAGCAGCAGUAGUAGCGGUAAUGAUGGAAGUCAGUGGGGAGGUGCUGCUGAUCUCCUCUGGAGCAGCAGCAACAGCAGCAGCAGCAGCAACAACAACAGCAGCAGCAGCAGCUCGUUGAGUGCAGCAGCAGGAGUAGCAUCAAGUGUUAGAGGUUUAUUGUAUGGUCGUGACGAAAGAGACACAACAGCAGCAGCAGCAGCAGCAGCAGACAGCCAAAGCGCCACCCUUCACCAGCAGCAGCAGCAGCAGCAGCAGCUGCAGCAGUUGCAGUUGGAAGAAGAGUAUAUGUCUGAAGCUUCUUCGCCUGGGGAUCGGGAUCGGGAUCGUGUUAGGAGUCGGGAUCGGGAUCGGGAUCGGGAUCGAGUUGGGGAUCGGGAUCGGGAUCGAGUUGGGGAUCGGGAUCGGGAUCGUAAUGAUGUAGAUAUAAAUCGUUAUAUAAAUUUUAUAGAGAAAUUAUUAUCUAUAGGUUAUUAUUAUAGUUAUGAUCUAGAUAUAACAUUAUGCCUAAGGAGACACAUAGUAUUAUGUGUCCCUUUUUGUCGUCAAUCUCUUCCUUCUUAUCCUGAUUGUAUAUAUACAUUUAAUUCUUUAUAUAUAAGAGACAAUCUCUUGCUGCAGCAGCAGACAUGGAGGGGAUUCUCCUUUGCUGCUGCAGCAGAUGAACGAUUUGUAUGGAAUGCUGCACUCCUUACUGAUUGGAGACGAUCCCAACUCGAUCCCAGGUGGACUGUACCUCUUAUACAAGGUUACGUUGGUUAUGCUCGUGUAGAGCGAGUACUACCCUUAUCAUCAUCAUCAUCAUUAUCAGCAGCAGCAGCAGGAGGAGCAGCAGGAGGAGGAGCAGCAGCAACAAAGGGAAGAAAAAGAAAAGUAGUUGCUGUUGAGUUGCUGCUGCUGUGCAGAAGAAGCAGCAAAAGAGGAGGAACAAGAUAUAAUGCAAGAGGCAUUGAUGAUGACGGUAAUGUAGCAAACUUUACGGAGAGUGAGCAACGUGUACGUUUGUUGCAACUUGAUGUUAUGCCACCUAGCAGCAGCGACAGCGACAGCAGCAGCAGCAGCAGCAGCAGCAGCAGCAGCAUUAGUAGUAUAAGCAGCAUAAGCAGCAGCAGCAGUAUACGAUCUAGUAGCAGCAGCAGCAGUCGUCGUCGUCACCGUGACACCAACACCAUCAGCAGCAUCAGCAGCAUCAGCAGCAGGAGCAGCAGCAGCAGCAGCAGCAGCAGCAGUUGGUACGACACAUCCACCACUAGCAGCAUCGGUACAAUAAAUCCGUCAAUAGUAUCUCCUUCUGUAUCCAUACCUCCAUGCCUAUCCCCACCAUCAGGAGCAGCAGCAGGAGCAGGAGCAGCAGGAGCAGCAGCAGCAGCAGCAGCAGCAGCAGCAGCAGGAGAAGAGAAUAUAUUAUUAUGUAGAGGAGGGAAGUGUUAUGGUCAUUGGAUAAGUAUGAUACAAAUAAGAGGAUCUAUGCCUCUCUUUUGGGGACAAGGAGGAUUUACUGCACAAAAUAUUACUAUUUAUAGGAAUCCUCUUCUUACUGCUGCUGCAUUCGAGCAACAUCUUCAAAUGUUAUAUCGUCGUUAUGGAUCUAAUAUAGUAUUUGUUAAUUUAUUAAGCAGCAGCAGAGAGAACGAAGAAAAACUUACUGCUGCGCUGCAGCAGCAACUCUCCCUCUAUCGUGAUGAACAUCUGCAGCAGCAGCAGCAGCAGCAGCAGCAACCAUUGCCACGUCAUAUUACUUAUGACUUCCAUUCUAUGAUGAAGGCGAAGUCUUAUGAGACAGCAUUAGGGGAUUUUGUAGAAAGAGAAUUACUUGCUGCUGCUGCUGCUGUUGGUUUUUUUUGCUGCCCUUGUGCAGCAGCAGGAGGGCUUGCUGCUGCUAAGCAGCAAGAUGGUGUUAUUAGGGCUAAUUGUCUUGAUUGUCUUGAUAGGACUAAUGUAUUCCAAUGGUACUUUUGUUGGUUUUGGUUAACACAGUUACUGAGGGGAACACACUUCGAUUCCUUCUUGCUCCCUGUUAAACCACGAAAUAUCCUUACUGUCUCCUCUGCACCAUGGGGACUUGGUCCCUUCCUAAGGAGCGACAGGGGAGGAGACACAGCAAGUGAUCUAGUUAUAGUAGUAUUAGGAGACACUGGUGAUGCUGCUGCUGCACCUCAGCAGCAGCAGCAGCAACUGCAGCAACUGCAGCAAUUGCAGCAAUUAUUGUUGCAGCCUCCUCAGAGAUCUGGUACAUCUAGUAGUGUUGGUGGUCAUGCAGCUACAGCUGCAGCAGCUGCAGCAGCAACAGCAGCAGCAACAGCAGCAGCAGCAGCAGCACAAGCAUUAAGCAGCAGCUUUAGUAGGAAUGAGGAAGUAGGGGGGCGUGAGGUGUACAGACACCGCAGCGGUCUUACGGAUUCAUCACAAGAAGAAUGUUUUAUAUUAAGAGAUCUUAUUAAAAAAAUGUGGGCUGAUCAGGGAGACAGUGUUAGUCAGCAUUAUACAGGUACAGGUUCUGUUUUUUCUUCGCAAAUAAAACAAGGAGGACGUUCUUCUUUCUCCUCUAAUAUAGAUCAUGCUAUUAAAUCUAUAGGAAGGUUUUAUCAUAAUACAUUUGAAGAUUCAUUUCGUCAAGAAUGUGUUAAUCUAUUAGUUGGCCAACAUCGUCUAUCGGGGCUGCAUGCGCAGCGUCUAGAUAGUCCACAGAGGCAGCAGCAGCAACAGCAGCAGCAACUGCAGCAGCAGCAGCAGCAGCAGCAGCAACUGCAACAACAACAGCAACAGCAUCAACAGUAUCUGCAGCAGCAACAACAACAUAACCACCAUCGCCAGCACCAUCGUCAUCAACCCCACCGCCAGCAGCAGCAGCACCACCACCACCACCAACACCACCACCAGCAGCAGCAGCAGCAGCAGCAGCAGCAACAGCAGCAAUACGCGCAUACCUCAUCUCCAGCUGCCGUUUCUGGUGGAUCUGCAGCAGAUUGUUCUCCCCUUACCAACCCGAUCACCAACCCCAUCAGCAUCAGCAUCAGCAGCAGCAGCAACAGCAACAACAACAGCAACAGCAGCAGCAAAAGUUUCCCUAUACGUAUAUGGAUAGGUACAUGGAAUGUAGGUGGUAAAGAUUUACAAGAAUGGGAUUAUCUUGAUGAUUGGAUAACACCUAUUCAUCAACAACCUGAUCUUGUUGUCUUCUUUGUACAAGAACUUGUAGAGUUAACAGGUCUUCGUGUAUUAAUGAGUCUAAAGGAUCGAGAUAAAGAAAACGUGGAUGGGACGACGGUGAAGGUGGGAAUGAAGGGAAACGCCGGAAACAAAGGUGCUGUAGGAGUCCGGUUAUGCAUUGGUGGUGUAUCUCUUUGUUUUCUGAAUGUACACCUGGCAUCAGGACAAGCAAAUGGACAAGAAAGACUGCAGCAAAUGCAACUCGUGCUGCAGCAAGCAUUUCAAGCUGGUCCUUGUCCAAGCCCUAGCCCAUUAGAUCAUGAUUUAGUAUUUAUUGGUGGAGAUUUUAAUUUUCGUCUAAGUUCAUCACAUCAACAAGUUGUUGAGACUCUUAAUACUAAUCAUUGGCUACAGCUCCUUGCGUGCGAUCGAGUGUUAUUUGGUGGACGUUUAGUACCUCCAGCUGAACCUAACAACGAAGGCUAUAGCAGCAGCAGCAGCAGCAGCAGCAGCAACAACAACAACAACAACAAUAAGAAGGAUUAUCCUGUACAUUGUUUAUCUUAUACACACCAUCAACGUUACUUCUCCUCUGAUCAUAAACCUGUCUCUGCUGUCUUUGAUGUCUUCCUUCCUUAUGAGUUAGUCUUAGGGGGCCCCACACCUCUACGACGCAGCAGCAGCAGCAGCAGCAGCAGCAGCAGCAGGCUGUGGGGUGAUGAUCUGCUGCUGCCAGGCGGUGGGGAUGGUAGUGGUCUUGGUGGGGAGGUAACCGCCUUCUUGCCUCCAGAGUAUACAGACACAGCAGCAGCAGCAGCAGCUGCUGCUGCUGCUGCUGCAGCAGAUAGGGAUGAAUAUGAAGGGGGCUUUAGUGCGCAGCAGCAGCUGUGCCAACCUGCGGAGACACCUGAGAAACAGCAGUCUCCUUUGCUGCAGCAGCUAACAGAGGUUGAUCUAUUGAGCGAAGAUCCUUGUGUCUCUCCUGCUGCUGCUGCUGCUACCCCUGCUGCUGCUGCAGCAGCAGCAGCAGCAGCACCACACUACCAUGCUUCAGAAGCAAAUCUACUUAGUCCCUUUGCCUCCCCUAGGGACUUCUCCCUGUCUCCUGCAGCAGCAGCUGUCACUUCAUGUCCAGCCCCACAGCAGCAAGCUGCUGCUGCAUGCAGUGCAAGACAAAAUGCAGGCAAUGCAGCACUAGAUGAGCUAGAUCUCCUCCUAAGCAACUUCAGCGUCCAGCAGCAGCAGCAACAGCAACAGCAACAGCAGCAGCAGCAGCAGGCCCCGGAUUGGGGACUCUUAGACUUGACCCAGUCGGUCCACUUUCCCUCGCAGCAAAGUGGCACAGGGCAAUCACUGCAGCAGCAGCAGCAGCAACAGCAGCAGCAGCAGCAGCAACAGCAGCAGCAGCAGCAGCAAAGUGGAGCAGAAGCGGCAGCAGGUGCAGCAGCAGCAAAAAAUAAUGAGGUCGAUGGCUUUAAAGACUUCUUGUUGUAG